AUGAGCUCCAUCACAACCACCACGUCAACCACCGUCUCUCGCAGAGACGCGGCCUCGUCGUCGUCCACGGCGCACAACGCGACCUCGUCGUCGGUCUCGUUGCCAUCGGACAGGGACAUUUGGCCAGCCGCGGCGUCGAUGCCUGACCCGGAUCCGAUCAAAGUCGUACCGCCCCCAUGGACGCUCAACGGCGAUGUCUAUUGCAUUUCCUUCUGGACGUCGGGGGCCGCCGCUAGAAAGCUGCCGCAGCACGCCUAUUCGCCACUCGAGGCAGGCACCGAAUUCGCCAACCCGCCCGGCAGCCAUCCCGUGGGGGGCCUCAGUAUGAUCCAGAUUAUCCGAUACCGAGACUCUCCCGUCGGCCCGUACGACGAGCUGUUGGUCGUCCCGGGCUCCUUCGAUUGGCGCCGUGACGGCCCGGACGGCCGCCCGGAGGUGGGGCGCAACCCCCGAAUUACUCGCAUCUACGUUUCUCAAAAACACACAUGUUACAACGGCCGCGUCAACUGGAAUUGUCCCAAGCAUCUGGCCAAGUUCGAUUGGGAUUACGGCCCCAAUGACUCGGUGUCAGUCAAAGUCUAUCCUCACGACACCACCGACGACAUCACCGAAUCGAAGCCCAGCACGGUCCCUUUCUUCCAGGCCACCUUCAAGCCUGUAUCCUACGUGCCUUCGUUCCCUUUCGCCACGCGGUGGGCCAAUUACCUUGGCUUCGAGACCACGCUUGCCAUGCCUCCGGUGCCGCAGGGCCAAGGCAGCCACGGCGAGCUUCCGAGCACAGACAUAUGGUGCAAGGUCAUCCCACUGCAGUACAGCCGAACGACGCGCGCUGGCUGGUUCGACAUGUCUAUGCGCGACGACAAGGGCGAGCUUAUCGGCGAGUACGAGAACUUUUGGCCAGGCAUGGGCCGCUGGCAGCUCGGUGUCAAGAUGGAGAAUGCCGACCUGAGUUUCGACCAUGCCACCGAGACUUGGAAGCCGCACAAAUCCAGAGCGCACCUCUAG